CUAUUAUUUACACUUUAGACAACUUUAUUGGAUGCAGUUAUCGUAGAAUUAUUAGAUUCACUUUUGAGUGAAACUGAUUCUGUUCGAACCGAAGCACGUUGUCUUUUGAGAUUACUUUCUUAUACAAUUGAACAACCAUUAUGUAAGUUGUUAGCGCCACAUUGGUAUAAACGUAUUGGACAUGUUUUACCUCCGAAACAACCCAAUCGUCUACUGGAUUUACCUAUUUCAACUCAAUUAGCUGUACUGGAAGCAAACUAUUUCUUUGGUCAGUCAGAGAAAUUAAAACAUCCAUCUAAAGUUUCAGAUAGCUCUAAGCUUUUUGACUUUGACAUAGAUAAUAACGAUGAUGGAGUAGGACUUCUACGUUAUGAUCUUUCAAAACGAGAUGAUUGUAUCUUUCUAUCCGAUGUACGUUCACUUCUUACUCAAUUUGAGUUGAAUCAUGAUUUCUCUGCUAGUACUAAUAAUUCUACAACUACCAACACCAUAGCUGCUGGUAGUAGAGCGGUAAACACCAGUGUCAAAAAUAAUUCAUCAAUAAAUUCUGAUCAAGAAAAAGGUACAUUCAACGGAACUUAUUCAUAUUCCAAGUUUACACCGUUCAACUCUAGAACUGUAAUACCACUUUCUAGUAAUUGUAUGAGAUUAAUUAAUCUUCGAGUAGCUGCUUGUCAAGUAUUAUCUGUCACAUGGUAUUUAGAUACACAAAAAGCAAGAAAUCUAACAGCACUAUUUAAAGGUAUGUCUUGUAAGAAUGAAUAUAUUCACGAAACAGCUUUUUCGUGUCUUCGAGAAUUUAUCAGUAAAACAUCUAUUGAUAUUGAAUUAAGACAUGCUAAUAUGAAACAGAUUGUGCAAAAUAUUCGACAAAAUUCUAUACGAUGUAUUCAUACAGUUCGACAAUUAGCUUAUUGUGCUCAAUUAUUUCCGAGUACACUUAGUGAAAGACUAUGUGAUGCAAUUUAUUCACAUUUAAACACAUCUUUGGAAGCUGCAGUUAACAAACAAAACUCUGCAUCAAUCUCCACAUUCACUUCAUCUAAUUUGGAAUUAUGUACAUCAUUGUUGGAUUUAUUUCAUCUGAUUCCUUUGGCAACUUCAAAAUAUGUUUCGCUUUUGAUUGAGUCUGUAGUCAACGCUGAACGUUUAUUGAACAUUGAACCUACUAGUCCUUUACGUUUACCUUUAACACGUUUCCUAUCUCGUUAUCCAGCUGAAACAUGUGCUCUCCUACUAACUGGUUCGCGAUGGCCUUAUAAUUCACAUGCAAAUAGAAUAUUCUUGGUAAUUAUUUAUAUUAGUAUUGUAUAUGUGGUUUAGUUUAUCAUUAUUUCGUUACUAACGUCUUUUUAACUUUUUAUCCAUUUGGUACUAUUAGUUGGCUUAUUACGCUUUUGGUGUCUUGUUUGCUAGUGGUAUUUUUUGAACAGAAAGGUAAUUGUAACAAGCUGUUGAAUUGUGCUUUGAACCUACCGGUAACUGACACGUUUAUCUAGACUCUGACUCGCUAACGGUUAGAUGAAAAACACAUAUUAUCGUUAGAUGAAUAUGCGUGAUAAUGUUAUUUUAUAGUAUUUUCGUACGUGGCAUCAGUCCAUAAAGUCACUAACGUCUGGUGUGAGCCAUAUUAAUAUAUACGGACUACUUGAUUUUGGUCUGCGCGACUAUCGUAACCAAUGGUUGGAGACUCUGUGUGACAUGGCUCAGAAUCGAUCAUAAUGCCGUAGAUGUAUACACUUGCUGUCUUCCCUUAACCCAUGAGAUUGAAAUUACUUUAUACCUUUCCUUCUACAGACCAAUUCUUUCUUCCUGUACCAUAUUUUUAUAUGAAAUCAGUUUUUUUUUAAUACUAUUGAAUUAGCUGUCUCGAUGAAUUUGGUGUUCAUCUUGUGCUAAUGAGGUAUGGCAGUUUGGACCGAUACAUAUAUGUGUCUGGUCCUACGUUGCAGAUGACUGACUGACUAAUGCUUCUGUGUACAAAAGUGUUGUGUGCUUAAAUAAUAAUUUGUUAUAAUGAGUCUCAAGUAUCAAUGUAUGCUAACUUGUAAUGAUAGUAUAUUGUUUAAUGUGUCAAAAUGUUUUUUGAGAUUCGCAGUAACAUCAUAUCAACAGAACUUCUAGAUACUCGAUGAUGUUACUAAAAGCCAAUAAAUCUUUUUAUCACUUACAAAAGUUUUUUUUCCACAAGUUGAUGAUGAGCUUCAUAAUAGUUUCGAUCACUUAUGUGCUCCACCAUUUGAUUUCUACAAUACUUAUAUACACCAUUAAUCACUGAACUGUAAAUAUCAUAAAUCGAAAUUUCUGCUUAUUUUUAUUCGAUUUUAGUUCGAAUCCCAC